UCCCAUUGGCUAUACCCACAGAAGAGGAAAGAAACCGCUUUUCUAUUUUUUUUUUUUUUCCCUUACCAUGGAAAAAGAGAAAAAAGGAAAAUCCAGUCUCUCUCUCUUUACUCACUGCAUCAACACCACCACCUCCAUCCUUUUGAAGCAUCUCAGAGAGAGUGAGGGUUUUUUAGUGGCUUCGUUUUGGUGUUAAUGCUAUCUUCUUGAGUGAAGUUUGCUUAGUUUCACACUUAGAAAAAUGGGUUGUUUUCAGAUUUGAUGGUUACCGUUGCUUCCUAUGAUAAAAUUCAAGCAGGAUUUAUCUAUCUUAUCAAGGUCUCUGUUCUUGCUCUGUUCCCCCCUGUUUCAAGAAAAAUCAAAUGGGUUUGCCUUGUUCUGUCUCUUGUUACCUUUGUUCACCUUCUUGAUUUCUUAACCUGUCUUUGAUCUGAUUUGUAAGGAAAGAAAAGGACUUUUAACAAGCAAGUGGGCUGCCUUUCUUCUUGGAGAUCUUAGUCAAGAAACAGGGGACUAAAUGGAGCACCAUCAUCAUUUUCUUCAUGGUCAUAAUGAACACCAACAAAUUCAUCAGAAACAAACGAAUCCUGGGUUAACAAGGUAUCAAUCCGCACCGAGUUCAUAUUUAUCAAAUAUUUUGGACAGAGACUUCUGUGAAGAGUUUCUCAAUAGGCCGGCAAGUCCGGAAACAGAACGAAUUCUCGCGAGAUUUUUAGCCAGUUCUAGUGGUAAUACAGAGAAUAUAUCAAGUCAAAAUCUUUGUGAGAUUAAACAAGAUUCUCCAGAAGCAGUUCCACAAACUAAUCAGCAACCCCAGAUGGUGGCUGCAAUGAAUAAUCUUGGCAGUGACACAAGAGUGCAGAAGCAGCAGCAGCAGCAGCAGAGCAAUUACUCUGCCUCACAGGGUUUUUAUCAAAAUCAAGCAAAACCUCCAUUACCAGAUCAGAAGUCAGGUUCUGGAAUGAAUUAUAGAUCAAUGAAUUCAGUGGGAACGGAGAGGUUGCCUUCCAUGAAGCCCAGUAGUAGCAAUAACUCGAAUCUAGUUCGACAUAGUAGCUCACCUGCAGGGCUUUUCUCCAACAUAAAUAGUGAAUUUGAAUUUGAAAAUGGCUAUGCUGUCUUGAGAGGUAUGAGAGAUCUUGGAGCAGGUAAUAGAGACAUAAACUAUUCUGCAGCCAGCAGGCCAACUCCUUCUUCAGGGAGAAUGGGUCCAGUUGCUGAAAUGGGAAACAAAAACAUGGGAGAAAAUAGCCCAGAGAGUGGUGGUUAUUCUGAAACUCGCAGCAGUAAUUAUGUCUCAGGUUACCCUAUUGGAUCUUGGGAUGAUUCUGCUAUGCUAUCUGCUGGUUCAAAAAGACACCUUACAGAUGAUGAUACGACAGUACUUUCUGGUCUAAAUGCAUCUGAAACUCAGCAGAAUGAAGAGGGAGGAAAUCGCCCUCCGGUGUUGGUUCAUCACAUGAGUUUGCCAAAAACUGCUGCAGAAAUUUCAGCCAUCGAGAAGUUCUUGCAAUUUCAAGAUUCCGUGCCUUGCAGGACUAGAGCUAAGCGUGGUUGUGCUACUCAUCCAAGAAGCAUUGCUGAGAGGGUGAGAAGAACUAGAAUCAGUGAACGAAUGAGGAAACUCCAGGAUCUUGUACCUAACAUGGAUAAGCAAACAAACACAUCAGACAUGCUGGAUUUGGCUGCUGACUACAUCAAGGACCUUCAAAGGCAAGUCCAGACACUUUCAGAGAUUCGUGCAAGGUGUGCAUGCAUAAACAAGCAGCAGCCCUAGUCGAAAAUGUCGAAGUAUGAAUUAGUUUGUGUAUAGAACCAAUAAGAAUUUGCAAGACUAGAGAUGAAGGCAAAGCUGGGUUCUCUCUUGCACUGAAAAAUAUGAAGGUGCUGCUUACAGCCAGGGAGGGCUAUAUUUAUUAUGUGGGGAUGGGAGUGAAGAUCGAAUGCCCCAGAAGCUAACUUUAAGAUUCAGCCAACCCCCACCCUAUGUUGCUUAUUGAUCAAAGGCAUGUUUCUUUAUGCGGCUGGACCGUAUUUUUUUAGUUAUAAAUUAAUAUUUUUUAGGUUUU